UAACUAUUCCCUCAAGCCAAAAACACAUGCAAAAAACUUGACCAUGCCAAUAAUGAUAAUGAAGUCAUAUAUAUGGAGGAUCUGGUCAGGAACUCAACAAGAACAGGUCAAGGGUGGUACACAGCUCGGUCAUUAUUAUUCGUACAACUUGGUGUAGUAUUGAAAUCUUGCUGACUGGCCUGCCUGUGGAUCCGUGCUGCUCUUAUAUUCACUUGAAAUAACCUCUGCCUGCCUAUACAUACAUGUUUAGAAAGGGCAGUCAACCAGGUGUGAGAAUAAGAGCAAAGUUGUGCUUUUGGCAAUAGUGUUUUAACACUUGUAAUAGCUUGCCUGCUGAAGAGGUCAGGGGUGAAUAAGAGGAAAUAAUUGUGCUUUUUGGCAAGGAUCUUAACAUUUGAAUAGCCUGCCUGCUGAAGUGGUCAAUGCAGUCAGUAAAUUUUGAGAAAAAAAAAAUGGCUAGCAUAUGGAAGAAUCAAGAAUCAAAUACAAUAAAGUGCAAAUUGAAAUGAACCAACCAAUCCUGCACACCAGCAGACAAGACAGAAAGCUUGCAGGUGGAAUCACAGGCCUGGAGUCUUUUGACGAUGAGCAGGUGUCCGAGUGUGGCAUCUGUGGUGGAGGGUCUGGUGCAGGCGGCUGGGAGAGAUUACAGGGCAGCAGGACGCGUGUCUAAUGACGUGCUGCAGUCACUCCACAUCCUCCAUGGCCAGUCCCUCAUGAAUGCCUUGGAUCUCAUCGACAACAAGAAGGUGAUGAAGGUGGUGGGCAACAGUGGGCGGUGGGUGUACCAGGUGACAGGCAGCUCUGGGACACCCUAUAUAUGUCUCCCUCACUCAAUCUUUUGUCAGUGUAUGGCUUUCAAGUUUGCUGUGCUCAAGAGGAGGGAGCGUCCCCUCUGCAAACAUGUACUUGCAUCACGCCUAGCCACUGAGAUGGGGGAGGUGGAGGAGAAGACUGUUUCAGAUGAGUAUGUAAUGGAUAUUCUGGCCAACAUGGACUAACAGUGGUCUGUGAUUGAGGACAAAGUGCUAUUUAUGAGUGGAAGGAAUGAUGCUCACCCUGGGAUGUAUCCAGAAUUACAGAGUUGCAUACUGUAGAAGUCUUUUCUUAUUCUUCUAGUUCAUUUUUUCUUUGUAAGAAGAGAAUUGAGUGGACAAAGUGUUCUAUAUUAAUGGGAGGGAAGGAAUAGCCCUUGUUUUGGGAUAUAUCUAGAAUUAGAGUUAAAUAAAUUUUUUCUUAUU